CCAUAAAACAAUAAAUAUUUAAAAUUAUUCUUUGGGCCAUUUUUUCUGCUUGCCGGUUAAACAACAGUGAACCAAAACAAACAGGGUGACUUAAGUGCUAAAAUGUUCGAGUUCAAUUUUGAAGUGAACGAGUCGGAUUCAUCGGAUACUGAAAGUCCCUUUAAGAAGCCUAAAAUUGUUGAAAAGUCAAAAUCAGAUUCGCCAAAGGAAAAGAUUGAUUGGUAUCAAGCCGAGGAAGUAAAACCAACGAAAGAUCUCUUACAAAGUUUGGAUAUCUACGAACUCAACGCAAAAGAAUUAACUAUCGGCGAUGUCGAAUUACGACACCUGAUUGCGGGCUUUCUGCUAGAAGAUAUUAAAAAACACAAUGAUUCAGACACCCAGGACUUAAGGAAGUCAGAAGAAAGUCACUCUGACUUAAUAGCAGGCGUCUAUGAAGGCGGUGCUAAAAUUUGGGAAUGUACCGAUGAUUUGUUGAUAUAUCUUUCGAAAAACUUUGCAAAAUCGGAUUGGAAAGAUAAGUUGGUUUUGGACUUGGGCUGUGGCUCCGGACUUCUAGGCAUAUAUUCCUGGAAAUGUGGUGCGAAAAUUGACUUUCAGGAUUAUAACAAGGAUGUCUUAGAGAAAAUAACAAUGCCAAAUGUGCUGCUUAACUUCGAAGAUACUUUAAAUGAUGAUGAGAAAAUGGAGCUCCUACAAAAAUGCCAUUUCUAUGCAGGCGACUGGUCAUAUUUCGCCGCGCUCACAAAUAAUUUAGAAAAAUAUGAUAUAAUACUGACAUCGGAGACCAUCUACAACAUAGAAAACCAGCAAAAGCUUUUAGAAACAUUCCGAAAACGCCUCAAGAGAGAUGGAAGGGUUUUAGUAGCUGGCAAAUCACAUUAUUUCGGUGUAGGUGGUGGCUUAGAGCAAUUUAUAGAUUAUGUUAAAAGUGAGAAUGUUUUUAAAAUUAACUAUUUAUGGAAUGCUGACGAGAAUUUAAAGCGCGGCAUAAUUGAAUUAAAGUUACAAUAAAAAAUCAA